AUGCAGAGCCAAGAUGGGGACGAUGCAUUGGUUGUCCUGAUACAAGAUGAUAAUGUUAUCGAAUAUCGACUUCCAGUGUGGAGGAAAAUAUGCUUCGCCAUAGGUGGAGUACCAUACCAAAUGACAAACGCUGUUGUUAGCUUCUUUUUCAGUAUCUUUCUCCUGGAAGUAGCAGAGAUUAGGCCAACUUAUGCUUCAAUCAUCGUCUUUGGAGGAAGAGUCUGGGAUGCUUUUACUGAUCCUAUGUGUGGCUUUCUUGUUAGCAAAACGAACACUCGUUUUGGAAAAUUUAGACCCUGGAUAUUGUUUACUGCACCAUUUGCCUGUAUUUCCUACUUCUUACUGUGGUACGUACCAGACUUUUCAGAGGAGGGCAAGCUUGGAUGGUACUUUGUUUUCUAUUGUUUAUUCCAGUGUCUAAUGUCCGGUCUUCAUGUACCAUACACAUCACUGACCAUGGUGAUCAGUAAUAAUCAAAAAGACAGAGACUCGGCUACAGCUUACAGAAUGGGAGCUGAAGCCAUAGGUGUAUUAGCUGCCUCUGUCAUACAAGGUUUGUUUGUGAACAAGUAUCGCAUAGCUGGUGAAUGUGAUGAGAACAGCAAAAUAACUGCCGAAGAACUUAAAAACCAAAAAUGGUCUUACAACAUGGGAGCAGUUGUUAUAAUUAGUGUUUAUAUGUUGUCAUCUAUCAUUGUGUUCUUUGGUACCAAGGAGAGAAUAGGUGUAAUCAGUGAAAGCCAUGGAGGAUUUAUGAGAGGCCUAAAAUUGACUCUUUCUUUUAGACCAUAUAAACUUUUAUCGUUUUCUUUCUUGUUCUUAUCAUUAGGAAUCGCAAUUGUGCAAGGGAAUCUCGCUCUGUUCUGCACACAUAGUUUAGAUUUAGGAGAACACUUCUCAACAUUCAUCACCAUAUUAUUGGUUUCUGCAAUAUUAUUCAUUCCCAUUUGGCAAGUUGUAUUAAUAAAAAUUGGCAAAAAGAAAUCUUUUGCAAUAGGAAUGAUUAUAUUCAUUCCAGUUUUGAUAUCUCAACUGUAUAUACCAGGGAAUGUGUAUGCAUACUAUCCUAUACUUGUACUGGCUGGUAUUAGUAUCGCUGUUGCUUUAUUACUUCCAUGGUCAAUGUUGCCAGACGUAUUAGAUGAAUUCAUGCUUCAGACAGGAACCAGACAGGACGCCAUAUUUUAUUCUUUUUAUGUAUUCUUUAAUAAAUUAGCUGUAGGAGUAGGUCUAGGAUUAUCUCAGCUCGCAUUAGGUAUAGGAGGCUACAAAACGGGGGAAUGUGAUCAACCAGCAUCAGUAGGACUGGCUUUACGUUACUUAGUAGUACCGGGUCCUGUUAUAUUCACGCUUAUAGCCUUGUUGAUUCUAUGGCGCUACCCUAUUGAUGAAAACAGAAGAAAACAAAUUAAAAAAGAGCUUGAACAAUUAAAAGCAGAUCGAAAACCUAGUUCUAAAGAAGUGGAUCAAGUAGAAGAUCCUCCCCCGCCAGAUGAGAUGUAUCAAUCAUCACGUAGUUAUCAAACUACUGGAGAAAAUCUCACCACUGAUAGUUGAUCUUCACAUCUUGAAUAUCCAGAAACUUUUACUUGAAGGUGUACUCUGAACUUUUUUUUAUAUAAUUGUGGAUUAUUCAAUUGAUGCGGCUCAGUCUUAUUGUAAAAAUAAUUUUCCGUUAUGAAUUAUAGGUAUUUUUUGCACAUAUCUUUAAAGGAAAGUUUUGACCUCUAAUAAGCAAAUUUAACCUUAAAUUAACAUUGCAUGAUAAGAUUUAUUAUUAAUAUUUUGACUGGAGAAACUUCUGGGUUUUGGGAAAAGGAAGGCUAUAUUGUUUGGACAGAGACAUACACAAAUUAAAUUUUAAAAGUUAUGACAUUACUAACCUCAGAUAUAGAUUAUUGAAUAUUGUUUAAGAAUAAAGCACAUAUAUCAUAAACUAAUUUCACUCUUUGUUUUUAUAAUGUAUAUGUGUCAUACUUGUAAUCUAGAGUUUGUGUUUAUGGUAUUCUUCAAGUUUAGUUUAUGAACCUUCUUUCUUUGAUGUAUUAGAAAAGUUUCACUUACAAGCGUCGUUAGUAUUUACAUUUAUAGUAAAUCAUAAAAUUUAAUAAAUUACAUUAAUGAAAUGUACAAAAAAC